GUAAAUGGCUUAGUUUGAAAAAUUUGUUAUAAAAGUUGUUAUUUUCUUUAUAGAACAUGAUACGUAGUGUGAAAAGUCAGAGAUGAACGUGGGAUGUGGGUUAAGAAAACGUGUAUGACCUUGAUACGAGCGACGCUAUUGGUUGUUGCGGUGUGCGACUGCGAUUAGGUGUUUAAACGCACGCACGCGCACUCACUCAGAGAAAAGUUGUCAUAAAAGCAAAAUCAUUGGACCGUGACUUGCUACAUAACUAUUCAUUCGUUAAUCCUAUGAAAGCGAAGCUUCUUAAUAGAAUAGAUAUAGAACUAUUAUUUGACUGGAAAUGAAAAUUCAGCAUUAAAGUUAAUUACGUAGGAAUUUAUAAGGAUCUAAUUUCUGCAAAUAAGAAAAUUUAAAAUGAGCAAAGCUUUUGUCUUUCUCAGUUUUAUUUUAUUUUUAUAUAUAGAUUUUUUUUGUUUUGUUUUUAUAUCACAUUUUAAGAUUUUAGGUGGGUUUUUUAGAUAAAUCAAGGUGUGGGAAUAAAAGGAUGGAACUUUGGAAUGUAUUUAUAUAUAUUUAUAAGAGAAUUUAAAUAUAUCCAUAAAGUUCCAACCUUUAGUGAAAGAAUCUCACAUUGUCCGAAACGAAUAUCUCCUUUCUGUCUCCUUUCUUCUUCUUCUUCAUUUCGAGAAGCAAUCUAAUUGAACUUCCGACGCCAUUUUCGAGUUGUCGGAAAAAGGAGAGAAGAGAGAGAUGGAGAUCGACAAAGCGAUUGGAGAAAGUGAUGAUAAGAGGUUGAAGACCAAGUACAACAACGCCAUCUUCGUCAUCAGAAGAGCUCUUUCUCUUUACUCUAUUGAAGAGGUCGCCUUUAGUUUCAAUGGAGGAAAAGAUUCCACUGUGUUACUGCACCUUCUUAGAGCCGGCUACUUUUUGCAUAAGAAAGAACUCACUUGUUCUAAUGGAGGCAUAUCAAACUUUCCAGUCCGGACCAUAUACUUCGAGAGCCCUUCUGCCUUCACUGAAAUUAAUUCAUUUACAUAUGAUGCAGCUCAAACUUAUGAUCUGCAACUUGAUAUCAUUCGCCAAGAUUUCAAAUCCGGGUUGGAGGCUUUGUUAAAAGCUAAUCCUAUUAGAGCUAUUUUUCUAGGCGUCAGAAUUGGUGAUCCUACUGCGGUUGGUCAAGAGCAGUUCUCUCCUAGUUCCCCUGGAUGGCCUCCCUUUAUGAGAGUGAAUCCUAUUUUGGAUUGGUCUUAUAGAGAUGUUUGGGCGUUUCUUCUAACUUGCAAAGUCAAGUAUUGCAGUCUUUAUGACCAAGGGUACACAUCAAUUGGGAGUAUUCAUGAUACUGUCCCCAACGCGUUACUGUCUGUUAACGACACCACCAGCAGUAGCAAAGAGAAAUUAUUCAAACCUGCUUAUUUGCUUUCUGAUGGGAGGUUAGAGAGGGCAGGCAGAGUUAAGAAAAACGCUUCACUCAAGAAUGAUGCAGAUAGUGAUUCGCAUAAACAUGAGGUGCUUUUGGCCUCGGUCAUUGCCGUUGGCGAUGAGAUUCUGUCCGGCACUGUUGAAGACCAGUUAGGACUGUGUCUGUGUAAGAAGCUGACGUCUGUUGGUUGGUCUGUGCAACAAACUUCUGUUAUUCGAAAUGAUAUUGAUUCUGUAUCAGAGGAAGUUGACCGCCAAAGGUCUAUCUGUGAUAUGGUGUUUAUAUAUGGAGGAGUUGGUCCUUUGCAUUCAGAUGUUACUCUGGCUGGUGUUGCUAAGGCAUUUGGGGUUCGCCUGGCACCUGAUGAAGAGUUUGAGGAGUACCUUAGGCAUCUUAUCAGCGAGCAGUGCACAGGUGACAGGAAUGAAAUGGCUCAGUUACCGGAAGGAAUCACUGAACUACUGCAUCAUGAAAAGCUUUCGGUGCCAUUGAUAAAGUGCCGCAAUGUGAUUGUUCUUGCUGCUACAAACACCGAGGAGCUCGAGAAGGAGUGGGAAUGUCUGACCGAGCUAACCAAAUUGGGUGGAAGUACAUCACUCAUGGAGCUGUAUGCGUCGUCAAGGCGCUUGAUGACAUCUUUGACAGAUGUUGAAGUUGCAGAGCCUCUAACCAAACUUGGUCUCGAGUUCCCAGACAUAUACAUUGGGUGUUACCGGAAAUCCAGACAAGGUCCUAUCAUCAUCUGCUUGAAGGGGAAGGAUAAUGCACGGAUUGACUCAGGCGUGCAGGCUCUAUGCAAGAGAUUCAAGGAAGGUGUAUUCGUAGACAUGAAAUAGAUACAGAGCCAUACAGGUUUAGUUGCCGGUAGAGCAUGAGAGGCUGCUUCAGUGCAUGAGAGAAAGAAACCAGAGAGAAUAGGAUCAGAGUUUAACACUUUUUAAAGAAUAAUAGUUGCUUUUAUAUACGUUUAUGUUGCAUUCUAAUAAGAGACUUGAUUUCAGAAACUUGACCCUAACUCUGUUUGGUUUUACAAGGCACACACACACAUAUAUAUUUAUAUUAUUACUAUUCUA